AAUCAGAGGAGGAGAGGAGCGGAGCGCUCGAGGCUUCUCAGCAGCGCUCGCGUGCACCAUUCAGUGAUCAUCAGUGACAGUAACAUUAUCAGUGUCCUCACCGCGAGCUUCCUCCUGACGUCUCGCGCGCGCGGAGCCGAACCCGCUUCGACUUCACUUCGCGGGUUUUUUGUUUCUUUUCUUAAUUUAUUGCUUAUUAUCAUUGCUGCUUUGAUGGCUCGUGCGUCCUGAGGCGCCCCUGCACGUGCAAGCGGAUGGAGUCCCGCCGGAGCGCGAGGGCUUAUGGGAUAUAGUAGUAGCGGGGGUCCUGCGGGCGCGGGUCCUGGGCGGCGCAGCAGGCAGCUCGCGCUGGCGGGCAGCAGCAUGCUCGCGCUGUGGCUCUACGCGCUCUACUCGUGCGCGGGACACUGCGCCACCGCGCCAGCGCACGAGCGCGCGGCACCUCCUGUCGCCGCCGUCGCCGUCGCCUCCUCCGCCAGGCUGCGCGCGCGACCCGAGCUCUACUACUACGACAGCGCGAGCGAGAAUAACAAUAAUAACAAUGACAAUAACGCCGAAAGCGACGGAGAGAUGGAGCGCGGCGCGAGCGCGCUGUCCAGCCUCGCGAGCGGAGCGGGCUUCAGGCGCCUGCCCCAGGCCCUCAUCAUCGGCGUGAAGAAAGGGGGCACGCGCGCGCUGCUCGAGUUCCUCCGCGUGCAUCCAGACGUCCGCGCGGUGGGAGCGGAGCCGCACUUUUUCGACCGAAACUACCAGAACGGACUGCAGUGGUACAGAGACCUGAUGCCCAAGACCUUGGAGGGCCAGAUUACCAUGGAGAAAACCCCCAGCUACUUUGUAACCCGUGAGGCUCCAGCCCGGAUCUACGCCAUGUCCCGGGACACCAAGCUGAUAGUGGUUGUAAGGGAUCCAGUCACUCGGGCCAUCUCAGACUACACCCAGACGCUGUCCAAGAAGCCGGACAUUCCCUCCUUUGAAAGUCUGACCUUCAAAAACAGGACUACGGGUCUGAUCGACACCUCAUGGAGUGCCAUCCAGAUCGGUAUCUACGCCAAGCAUCUGGACAACUGGCUGCAGUACUUUCCCAUGCGUCAGAUUCUGUUCGUGAGCGGAGAGCGGCUGAUCAGCGAUCCUGCCGGAGAGCUGGGUCGCGUGCAGGACUUCCUUGGGCUCAAGAGAAUCAUCACAGACAAACACUUCUACUUCAACCAGACCAAGGGCUUCCCCUGCCUCAAGAAGGCAGAGGGAAGCAGCAAACCCCACUGCCUGGGCAAAACCAAAGGGCGGACUCACCCCAACAUCGACCCUGAGGUAGUGCAGAGGCUCAGAGACUUCUACAGGCCCUUCAACAUGAAGUUCUACCAGAUGACUGGACAUAACUUUGGUUGGGAUUGAAAGCGAAAGGAAUACAAACACAAAAAAAACUAUUUUUUUUCUCUGUAUUUCUAUUGGCAAAAGAUGUGAUAAUUGCUAUAUAUAUGUUAAAUGUACAGAGAUCUAUUUUAUAAUAAUUUAUUUUUAAUUUUUAAGCAAUUAAUUCACUAAGCUGCCUAACCAUAUUUGUACAGAGCAUCUGGCCCACAUUUACAUUUUGUUUUCCCAACAUUCCACAGUUUUAUUUUCUGUUUUUGUUUUUUCAUCCAUAUCAUAGGCAACUCAUUUCAAUAAAUGGUGCUUCCAAACGCUAA